UGAGUUUGUGCAAUCAUCGUUGAAUGAAUUGUUUACAUAGAAACAAUUUACAGACACAUCAUAUGGAAGUUCAGUUGUUGUGAAUACUCGCACAUCAGUCACCGAGAAUCUCUUGAACGAUAAGGAGCUCCAAACAUCGGAAGAUAAUUUAGAAAGUGAAAAUUUAAAGACUUCAACGCCAUCACCAGUCAACAACAAGUUCAAUUUAAAUCUCUCGACACUGAGUGUUGUGAACGCGAGUGAUAAAAACGAUUACGACAACGAACGUGAGAGUGUAAACGAAACAAUAUACGCACCGGUUGAAGCAUACGCAAAUCAAAAUAAUAAUUUCUUCGGCGAAUAUCAUCAGACGAGUAGUGACUUAUCCAAUUGGCCUUACGACUUGUCGAGAACAAGUUUAAUGACCAAAAAUCGAAUCCCAUCAAUAGACUACUCAGUGCAAUAUCAGAGUCAGAACAGUGUUCAAACAAGUGACGUGAACCUCAGCUUUCGUAACAAUAAUUACAAUCCUUACGCGGGCACAAUGAAAGGUAAUUUAAUGACACUGAGUCAAUUUAAUGACAUUUUAUCACCACCCUCAUCCGUCUCAUCAUCGUCUGGAUACGAUAUCAGUGACAAUAAUAACAACUCAUUCAUUAACAUUGAUCAAACGCUUCAUCUUCACUCCAUCGAAGACGUUUUUCGUGACGAAUUUAAAUACGAAAAUAAUUUCUUAGUGGAAGAUGUUAGUGCUGGCAACUACACCACAUUGACCAAUGCAGCCGCGACGACAGCACCACAUGACUUGUACCAUCUCCAUGACUAUCAACGAAGUUACAUUCAUAAUCAUUCAACGAGCAGUGGUGGUAAUUCGAGGAGUCCCGACGACUAUGGUCAUGACGACUACGACAAUGGUGGAAUGCAAAGUUUCACACAGUUGACAAAUCUAACGACUCGUACAAAUGGAAUCUACUCGUCUUCACCCAAUCCUGGUACCGAUCAUAUUAUGUCUUAUGACUCAACUCAUGUGCUGUCGCCAACAAGUCCUUAUUCACGGAAUUUCUCCCCGGCAACGACACAACCAACAACGGGAAUAUCAUCAUAUUUGACAAGUAUGAGUCCGGGUUUAGAUCAGCAACACAUUAUGUGGCCAGUCAACGUAAACGAAGAUUUUCUAUCAGCUCGUGGUGGAAAGUUACCUGAAUUUCAUCGCUUCACAUCAUCAAGCUUUGUCAGUCAACCCAAAAAUCCGCAUUACACUUCAUCAUUUUGUGGACAAAAUGAUUGGAAUACAUAUUUGUCAUCAUCUUCAUCUGCAAAUGGUCAUGAUACAAAACCAUUAACAUCACUUACACAUUCAGCUGUUGCUCAACCAACUCGUGGUCGGCCAUCACAACAACAUCUUCCAGCAUCACAGUCACUUUCAGCAAUAACGCACACGCAAGCAUAUAUCUACGACGAUUCAUGUGAUAUCGGACGUGAGUGUGUGAAUUGUGGAGCGAUCAGCACUCCGCUUUGGCGAAGAGAUGGUACGGGACAUUACUUGUGCAAUGCUUGUGGACUUUACCAUAAGAUGAAUGGCAUGAAUCGGCCUCUUGUUAAGCAGCCCAGAAGAUUACCUGCCACUCGACGAACUGGACUUAAAUGUUCCAAUUGUAACACCAUACAAACUUCACUAUGGCGUAGAAAUGCUCAGGGAGAGCCUGUAUGUAAUGCAUGUGGUCUCUACUAUAAAUUACACAAUGUCAAUCGCCCCAUAACUAUGAAGAAAGAACAAAUUCAGACAAGAAAGCGGAAACCUAAAGGCAUGAAAAAUCCUGAUGGUCCACCCUCAAAAUCGUCGAAAAAUUCAUCGGGACUUGGAGUAAACAAGAAAUAUCUCAUGGGUACAAAUGGAACUAAUCAACGAAAGAACAAAAACACUAAAAAUUUAGUUCUCACAAAUCUUGAUUCACAAACCGGAACAAGCAGUUCAUCGUCAACAACACCAUCAAGAACACCCCAGCAUCAAACUAAUCAUAAUUUGUCGCCUGUUUCAUACACAUCUCAAGUGCCUUCGCCUUUAACAACAAUUACUCCAUCAAUACCAACAAUGACACCACUGUCAUCAGCUGGUAUGCCGAUGAGUUCAAACAACUCAGUUAUAACAACAUCUUCAAGUAGUAUGAUGUCAAUGAAUCAGAACUCGAAUAAUGGCAACAUCAAUUAUCCACAGCUUACACCACUUCCAGCAAUUAAUAAUCAUUUAUAUCAGCAAACUUCAAUGAUGAACUCAGAUAUAAAUCAUUCGCCGACGUGUUUUCAAGCAAACUUCCCAAAUAUGGACACACAGGCUGAGACUAGUGAGGGAAAGGUGGAAAAUAUUUCAGAUCGCCAACAAGGAAUGACACCGGAAGGAAACGCCGACGAUGCGAAAAUCGAGAAGCAGGCGCAAGAAGUUUCAGCUGCGAGCUCAUCACCAUUGGUUACGGUUCAGGAAAUCAUUCCAACAUCAGCAACAUUGCCAACAACGGUAAUUGCAACAAGACAACGAAUGAUUACAACGCAAGGCCAUAUUAGGGAAAUUUCCGUCGCACAAAGUCAGGAAGAGACUGAACAAUACGAACAAUAUCAGAUCACUGCAUCCGGUGAUGACCAAAAUGUGUACACUUAUGAACCAACUUCAGGUGGAUUAAUUGCUAUUGCCGCUCAACCGGAAAACCUUCAAGCGACUGGCAUAUUAAAACGAGAUAUUUUGAUUGAGAAGGAACAUAACAGCAACAACGGAAAUGGGCCAACAAUCAACGUCGUCAACACAGAACCUCAGACUGUCUACGUUGAAUUGAAGAACGAUAACAUCGAACAAGGAAGAUAUCUUUCAAAUCCAAUUCGCUAUGAGUCGGCUGAUCGUUAUCAUCGUUUCGCUUAUCAUGGUUUGCCAUCACACAAUCCAUCACACAUUGUACAUCACCAAAGAGAACUUACAUUAAAAGCAGAAGGUGGUCAUCAAACGCCACAAGAAAUUCAAAUUUAUGAAGCUGAACAAGGCUCUCAAAAUCAUCACCAAAAUAAUCAACAAAAUAACGAACAAAACAACAUUUCCGAUCAACAAGGAAACGAGUCAAAGACACAUUACACAAACCUCGAACCGGUCGGAACUUCACAGAAUUCUUAUUACAUUUCUUCGGACAGUUAUCAGCCGUCAAACAGCAAUGGUUUUACUUAUCUUCCAACACCAACUUCCAAAGAAGGUCCAUACGUUUAUCAUCCAAGCAGUCCCGUCUUAUAUAAAAAUGAUCCAUCAUUAAACUCUACAAUUUCAGCUAAACAUCAACCACCACACUACACUCAAGCUUAUGAGAACAACGCUAUGCAGCCUACACCUCCCGUCUCGCAUCAAGUUUAUUACAAGUCAGAUGGUCAAUAUGGAUGGCCAGGAGCGUUGGAUUAUAAUUCUGGAUUCAGUGGACCAACGAUAAUUGUUGAAAAUCCUACGCCACCAGACUACCUUACAAAUGGUCAUCAUCAAUGGCAGAUUGGCACAAUAGCGACUGAAGGAUAUGAUUCAUCAAUUAUUGGAAAUGAUCUUCGUGAAUGUGUAAAUUGCGCAAGUUCCGAUACACCACUGUGGCGCCGUGAUAACAUUGGUCACAGUUUGUGUAAUCGCUGUGCACUUUACAAUAAACAAAACAACGUGCCACGUCCAACAAAUCGAAUGCCGAAAGCGAAAGCACCAUCAGCUGUUUCAGGCAAUAAAAGAAGUGGACUAAGUUGUAACAAUUGUAACACGACACAAACAACAUUGUGGCGCCGGAACAGUCAGGGAGAGCCUGUAUGCAAUGCAUGUGGACUUUAUUACAAGCUUCAUAAUGUCUCACGACCAUUAACGAUGAAAAAGGAAGGAAUUCAAACAAGAAAGCGAAAGCCUAAAGCUCAAACGCCAAUGAAGCCACAAAUGGAAAAAAUCUUACCACCAAUGAUGCCAUCACAAAUUCAAAUGCCACAUCAUGAAAUGCACGUCACCCAACCCUUGCCAGCUCAUGACCAUUACAUUAAUGUGUCACAAGCAUCGUCCCAUUUGCGUCAUGCGCCAAUUCCGUCAUCGAUAGGGAUUGAUGUGAAUCGACAUGGCGAUAUUCCAACAAGUCAUAGUGUCAUUACCAGUGUAACAGCAGAUAGAACAAACAAUUAGAUUCGCAAUGAUAUUGCGUCAUAUCCUUAAUGAUUAAACUUAAUUUUUUGUUAAUUUGAAACAUAAGAUAAAGCAUUUUAAUAUUCUAGCGAUUAAUUUUUAAAAGUAGUAGAACUUGAGUGCCGAACUGUGUACAUAUAAAAGUGCCAAGAGUUGAAUGCAAUUGUGCCAAAAAAUGAAACUUAACUUUUUUUAAACUUUAAAUGUUAGGAGACAGUCUCGAAAACUUUUUCCUAAUGUCUCACUUGUACAUAAAUCAGGAUUAAGCUUUAUUCUUUUUUUUUCUUGUGAAAAUUUAUUCAUCGCUUAAUGUUUAAGAAACGAAGAAUUCUUAAUUCUUACUUUAUAUAAUUCAAAUACCUCAACGGAAAGCCAAAAAGACGAACGACAAUACUUAGAUGAAAAUUCCAUCGCGGUGAUUCACAAUGUCUGUUUGGAAUAUAAAACUUUUAUUGUCAUUUAAUGGAUUUUUUGUAUUGUGAAAGAAAUAAAGUGUCGCCAAGAAAUUGAUUCUUCUUCAGAAUUUUUCAUUUGGAUUCAUUUUUUCCUUUCAACAUUUAAGCAUAAAAAGGAUUAAACAAAGAUGUUUAAUGAUCACAAC